CGUGUGCGGGUAUGUUUGUGUUCCUGUGACUACACGUUGAAGACAUGGCAGCCAAGAUGGAGCUUGCACCCCUCAGACCGUGGGAUGACUUCUUUCCCGGAGCGGACCGGUUUGCCAAACCCGAGUUCGGGGAUUUAACAAAGUGGAACAACAGAGUGAUCAGUAAUUUGCUGUACUACCAGACGAAUUAUUUCGUCGUGACUCUGGUGGUUUUCCUCAUUGUGGGGUUCCUGAACCCGUUUGGCAUGUUCCUGGGAGGAGCUGUGGUGGCGCUGGUCUUCAUGGGUUCAGUGUGGGCCGGAGAAAACAAGGCCACAGUCAAGAACUUCAAAAGGAAGAACCCCACUCUGUUUGUCAUCGGGGUGAUGGUCACCAGUUACUUUCUGCUGUCUCUGUGUGGUGGUGUCAUGGUCUUCAUCUUUGGGAUCACCUUCCCUUUGCUGUUAAUUCUGAUCCAUGCCUCUCUGAGACUGCGCAACAUGAAGAACAGACUGGAGAACAAGAUUGAGGGUGUUGGGCUGAAGAAGACCCCCAUGGGCAUCAUCAUGGACCUCCUGGAUCAGCAGGAGGAGAAAAUGAACAAGAUUCAGGAUUUUAUUGAAAGCAAACUGAAGGAAUAAGGCUCUAGCCAAAAGUGUGCCAAGGAAGGUCAGUGUCAUACAGUAUGGAUUAGAAUUUCCAUAGAAUUGUCCCAUGUGUCAAGUUUGUAUCCCCUCUAUAUGUAAAGUUACUGAUGUUUGCAUUCCCAUACUUUUUAUCCAUUUUGGUUUACUUUAAUCUCUUAUACUUUUGUGUUAGUUGACACUAUCUAAGUGUCAGAUGGAUAAUAACAUUCUAGAUUUUGUGCACAGCAUGGAUUGGAUGUUGAAAGGCAAUCGCCACUAAAGGCUACCAAAGGUUUUGAGCUUUCCUGCGUCAAAAAAUAUUCCAAAAACAAAUCAUUUCCCUUGUCGAUAACGUAUUUUGUACCACAUGACGACUGAAUUAUUUCAGCAAAGUGAAGCAGAAAGUCUGAACACAAUAUUUAAUGCAGUUAUUAGAUUCCAGUUGUAUUUGUUCAGUUUGCUACCUCAAAACAAGCAUAUUUAAUUCUCUUCUCACUGAGUAGACCCACAUGACCUAGAAACAGCCACCAACUCCCGCUGAACUGUUACCUGCUUAUUACACAGCAAUAACUCCCAUCUUGUCACUUCAGAAGCUGUAUGAAUACUGAUCUGAGACCAGUUUGCUUCUCGUGGAGACGUAGUUACAUGGCCUGGCUAAUGAUACUUGAGUUUAUCUAUUCUUGUUCACAAAAGAUUUGUGCAUACAGUUUCUGGCCAUACAGGCUGGCCUGAGUGUAUCCCUUCUGAUCACAGCUAUGCAACACUGAAAAAUGAAUGGCAAGUGCAGCUUUAUUGUUCGAAUAUAAUGUCAUGUUGUUAUUUCUUAUGUGUCUUUAUUUUCAUAAUAUAGCAUGCAGAAAUGUAUAUGCUGCAGGAUACAAAGUACAUUUUGGCAAUGAGAUAAAAUGAUUGAUUAGAUUUCUUAACUUUGAUUUAUUCCCUCUUCAUUAGUAAGUACUGGACUAGAGACUUAGAGAGAUCCCAUGCUGUUUUUCCAUCCUCUGUUGGGAUCAAAUCCCUUUUCCUCGUUAAACAAAAAAUAAAUAAAUAAAAUCUGUCAUCUGUAAUGUUAGGUGUUCGUUUUAUACUGCUUAUAGUAAGAGCAGCUGUUUCCUGUUGUGUUUCACACGUGCACAGUGGCAGUUUGUGCAUGCUUCACAAUUGGCAGUUCAGAGAGAUUAUGUUAUAUGGAUGCUAUAUUAUAUAUUAUUUAUGUUUUAAGUGACUUUUUCUUGAAAAGCGAUGAUUAAACCACAGAACUUGAAGUAAAACGUGGCUGUCCUCCAUAAAAAUAAAGAUAACCUGA